AUAUCAACGUAGCGUGAAAUUAUCGGAUUUUUCCCGGUAAUUUUCCGUCAGUAGUGUGGAAACCCCGCAGCUGACUUUUUAUGUUGAAUGCAAGAGAAAUAUUGAAUUCUACGUUUUAUACUUAUAAAUAAACAAUUUAAUUCACAAUUAGACGUAGUCAAAUGAGUAUAGUCGUCAUCGGUGCAUGCGGCAGCAUGCGUUGCUGCCGCGCGUUCUCGUACAUCCGUCGGCCGAGCUGUCACUUUUAAUCGGGGCUUCUGGUGGAGUUUAUGAAUAAUAACAGGAUAUUACUAUGAUAAUAUGGCCGUGCAGUCGGACUCCGGCGGGAAGGAUGACGUGAAGACGCAGUUCGUGACGCGGGAGGGCACGUACCGCCUGAUGACGCUGUCGGAGUACUCGCGGCCCAACCGGGUCGGGUAUACGAGCGGGUCGGGCUCCUCUCAUGUGCGCGUGUCGUUGGUGUCGCUGCCGCCUGGUCCGGGCGCAGCUCCGGGCUCGGACGGGCCGCCUUCGGACGACAGGAUAUGCUUCAAUCACGGCAAGGAGCUCUAUGUGUAUGUGUACAGAGGAGUUAAGAAGGCAGCUGACCUGACAAAACCAGUGGACAAGAAGAUGUACAAAGGCACAAACCCCACUUGCCACGACUUCAACACAGUUACAAUGGCUCCGGACAGUGUGGCGCUGGUCAUUGGCUUCAGCACUGGACAGAUACAGCUCAUAGAUCCUAUCAAGAAGGAAUUAAGUAAAUUGUAUAACGAAGAGAGACUGAUCGAUAAAACCCGGGUGACGUGUAUUAAAUGGGUCCCCGGCUCUAGCAACCUGUUUAUAACGGCCCACGCUUCGGGGCAACUGUAUGUUUAUAACGAGGAAUUAACUUGUGGAACUACGGCGCCGCAUUAUCAGCUUUUCAAACAAGGCGAUGGUUAUUCAAUACACACGUGUAGAACUAAAUCGACGAGGAAUCCGCUGUACAGGUGGGUGAUCGGUGCCGAGGGCAGCUGCAUAAACGAGUUCGGGUUCUCGCCAUGCGGGACGAACUUAGCCGUCGUCUCCCAAGAUGGCUUCCUCAGAGUAUUCCACUACGAUACUAUGGAGUUGAUCGGGAGGGCGAGGUCGUACUUCGGAGGUUUUUUAUGCGUAUGCUGGUCGCCCGACGGCAAGUACGUCGUGGUCGGAGGGGAGGACGACUUGGUUACAGUCUGGUCGUUCAGCGAGAGGCGGGUGGUCGCACGCGGCCAGGGCCACCGCUCCUGGGUGUCCGUCGUCGCGUUCGACCCGUACGUCGUCAGCUUCACCGACCCGGAGAGCGAAGAGCCGGAAGAGGAGAGACAGAAGAGUGACGUGCAGUGCUAUAGGUUAGGGAGUGUAUCGCAGGACACGCAGCUGUGCCUGUGGGACCUGACGGAGGACGUGCUGCGGCCGCCCGUGCGCGCGCGCGCCUCCGCGCACCUGUCGCCCGCGCUGUCGCCCAACGGCGUGCCCGGCAAGCCGCCCGCCAAGUGCGCCAAGACCAACAAGAUCGGCCACAAGCACGCCGAGCUAAGCAACGCCGCCGGCGAGCCGUCCGGUGCCAAAUCCAAAACCACGAAGGUCAACAACGUGUCCACUCUGAACAUAAGCGUCGGCAAAGCUAAGGAGGAGACGGCGAUAGGGGUGAAUUCUCUAACGCAGCGAUUGGCCGGGUUCUCUUUCGGCGAGCGACGCUCGGAGCACCGGCGGAACUUCAGUCUGUCGUCGAAACCCGAGCAGAAGUCCGCGUCGAACACGGUGGCGAUGCGCGGAAAAUCCGCCGGCGCGCCGGACUCGUGCGACCCCGUGAAGCUUAUAGGCACGCCGUCGUGCCCGCGCUUCGACGAGUGCCCCGUGCUGGAGCCGCUCGUGUGCAAGAAGGUCGCGCACGAGCGGCUCACGGCGCUGCAGUUCCGCGCGGAGGGGCUGGUGACGGCGUGCGCGGACGGCUGCGUGAACACGUGGGCGCGGCCGGCGCGCACCAGCAACGGCGAGGCGCGCGCGCACCGCAGGUUCGAGCGCAUCGACCUCGUCGACUAGUCCUUUAAGAAUAGGCGCCUAGGAUCCGCCAAGGCCCUGCUUCAUUGAUGGCGACUCCGACCCUUUAGGUUCUUUUCCACCGACGAGGCGAAGGGAGCUAGAAAUAUGCAGUCUAUUCUUAAACACUCUUUAUAACUGCUGAUAGUAUGACAUUUUAAAAUUAGCCUCGCUUCGCCUGUAGAAAAGCUCCGUUGGAGCCGUUCACGUCCAGAUUCCGGGGGCCGUUUUAGCAAAUGGAGUGAACCGGUCACUUGACUCGUAUGUUUGCACUUCGUUAAAAUGAUUCAAUGACAAAAGUUCUGUAGUAAACUAAUGUUCAAACGCUUUUAAAGGUGUUUACACAAAGGAAACUAUUUAAUGCGACUCUUCUAUCUCAAAUGUCAACUGUAAUAUUAGUCCCUAGCGGAAUUGUGAUUUUAAAUGAUGUCCUCUUAGUUAGUUAAAGUAUAAUAAAUAAUUAUCCUUCAGCUUGUCUGUAAACAUUUCUUUAGGUUUAGAGAGGAACAUUGUUGCAUUUAUAAUAAUAUAAUUAUAUUAAACUGGAAUUAAAUAAUAAUAUGAUAAUAUUUUAUACAUUUGACUUGAACUGUUGAGCAACGAAUUACUAUAAUUUAAUAAUUCCUUUGUGUAACAUUUUAAAAUAAACUUUACAAAAUCAUUUUCUGAACACUCACAGUAAUCUGAGACAUCAUACUGAACAACUUACUAUAGGGCCAACCGCGAAAUCGCGAAAAGGUAUAGUUGUUUGUAUAGAUGUUUUCUAUGGAAAGCCAAUGUUGAUCGCGAUUUCAGGGUUGAUCCGAUAGUAAAAGUUCUUCAGUAUGGCCUAUUUAUUCACCUCUCAUAGUACUGUUAAUCUUUAAAAAUACCUUUGUACAAACUUGUAAAGAUAGUUAAAUCUGUAAAAUACAAUAGAAGCAUUUUUCGGAUGAGCCAUUGGCGGGCCUUGGGCGGCGUACAUGCAGACUGUUCUCUGAUUAUUCCAUUUUAGAGUGUUUGUUGGUAAAGUGUGCACUGGAGCUUUGUUAUGUUAGAUAUAAAUUGUAACUUGUAAUUAAUUUAAACCAUAAACAGGUUUCCAUCCCUAACCAAUUAGGGAGAAGAACCAUUGGACCCUUUCGUACGUGAUGAAUUGAUGAUAAAAGAACAUAACAAAACCUUAUGUUAUGAUUAUGGUUUACCACAUAAUAGUUAAAAUAAAAGUGCAUGUCUUGCCAUAUAUGCCAUCGGCUUCAAUGUAAGAGCGUAAUACUGUGUAUGAAGUUUUGUAACUUGAAUAUUUAAUACAGCUGCAUAAAGAUUAAAGAAUUUUAUGGUCUUGUACUGUAAGUCUACUACUAUGUUAUUAACAUUAGUCCGAAGUCCGAACGCCCUAACACAAAAAGUGCAAUAUUUAUAAGCCUGAUCGUGUUAGAAAUAUAAAGAAUGAAUGUCAAUUUCACAACAAAGCUCCAGCUAGGGUAGACAGGUUACAGCCCAGUCAAUGUUAGCGAAUAUACUAUUUAUAUCUUACCCCAUAGAGUUCACAUUCUUGUGGCAUAUGGCCAUCGGCUGGGCUAAGAAUGAAAUUUCUAGAUAGCAAUAGAAAUGAGAUUUAAAUUGUAUAGAAGAAUGUAAAUUGUAAAUCGUAAGUUAAAUUCCUUCUCAGCUCACCCUUGUAAAUAUAGUUGUAUAUUAGGUUGUAAUGCAAUCCAAGAUUGCCUAUCCCCCCCACACUCUUAGUUAUACUUGAGGGAUAAUAUUUAUUUGAUUUUUUAUUAAAUUUAAAUGUUGACUUGUCUGUGAGACUAAUCGAAUUGUAAUGUCAGACUUGUUGAAGUUUUGUUUUAUUAUUAUUAAGUUUCAGCUAUUAGAGUAGGUAGGGUAGUGGAAUUAUUUUAUUGUAAUUGUAUUGCUGGAUUAUUUGACAUGUACCCUGCUAUGAAUUAUAUGUUCGUUGUGUACCGGUUUUCAUUGCAUAUGAUAUGAUCAAGGUUUAAAAAAUAUAGCAUUUAUGAAGGGCAUUAGAAUUUAUUUUAUUGAGCAAAAUAUUUCUCACGUGAGAGCAAAAUAUAAAUAACAGUUGCUUUCAAGGACGUACGACGUACACGAUAAAUCAAGAGGGAAUAUACCUAUACACUAGACUGAUGCAGCAUUUUCAGCAUAUUAUGAACAUCAUUAUGAAAUGUUUUAGCUUUCGAAGUGCCACUUAAAAAUAACAAGAUGGUGAUAGAUAUGAGGGGUUCACACAGACGGGCCAGUCGUUAUGUGUGGACAUGGAGAUAUGGUUGAAAAUGUGGGACAUAAAAAAACCGUGCAGAGGUACAAGUCAGAUAAUUCCAUUUGAUCAUAUAGAUCGUGCAAUUUAAUAAAACGAUACAAAUUACGAUAUGUAUUUAAUUCUGAAUCAUGUUUUUACUAUGGACUUAUCGGUGACCUUUCCUAAGUGUUUUAAGAGGUCCCUUUUUGAAACCUUUUCUAGUUCAUUCUUACAAGGAAAAUGAUGCUUGCAUCAUCUCGAAGGAGUUCACGCAAAGGCACGAUUUCGAGCGCCAGUUGUUAUUGACCUAAUGAUUUGAAUGUUAUUACCGAUCUGUUCAUAGGUGCGAUCCGUUAUAACUUGAUCAAUUGAUUCUUAGCAACUGGUAGUGUAGUGCCGUAGAUCAACAUGAAUAGUUUUCAUUUUUUUUUUUCAAUAUUAUAAAAUGUAAGUGCAAAUGUCAUAAUUUCAUGUUUUUUUUUUUUUUCACGAUUGGCUUGGCAAUGCUGCCCCGUACCUACAGCUAAAACGCCUAAAAUAAUCUAAGUUUAUAGAAUCAACUUAUUUUGGCCUACGACUACAAACAGUUGUAUAACACUUUAAACUCUCGCGUUUUGUACACGUAAUUAAUGUCAGUAACGGGUCUAACGCGAUUAAAUUUAAAUAAUAAUAAUAAAAUGCAAUUUUAAUGAUAAUUAAAUUUAAUCGCGUUAGACUCGUUAAUGACAUUAAUUAUGUGUACAAACAGUUGUGGCGAUUCUGGCGUAGGUAAAUUAUUAUGGAGCUAGUAGAAAAUAGCCUGAUGCUCAAUAGGUAGGCUGGGUCAACAUAGAACGAGCUGCCUCGGUAGGAAAUUGCCGCGCACAACAGCUCGUGAAGACAUGCCUCGCCCAAGGCAAACGCAUGCGUAUGCAUGAUGCCUCGGGCGAAGCGCGUCUUUUCCAGGGGGCUACCACGAACAUUGUUUUUCAGUGUCCCUGUAACUCGGAUAACGCAAGUGCGAUAGAGAUUGAUAUAGUUUUCGUAAUAUCUAUCUAUUUUCGAAACAGCCAUCCAGAUCGAGCUGCUUCGCGCGACGAUUUCUUCGCGAGGCAGCUCAUUCUGUGUAGACCCGCCUAAUCCCUAUCUGUGGAUACUGUAAGCGUUUAUGGCGAAUAAACUCAAACAGGGACAUCUUGAUGUGAUCUCAAUAUGUUCGACCAUCUUGUAUUUGUGUCAAUUUUUAUACACAUGAGUAUAUUAAACAAUACCGGCCUUUGCAAGAUUUCCUGAAACAAUUAUAACACUAUUAUCUAACAAAUUUCUCCUACAAAGUAAAAUAAAAAAACAGCUUAAGUCAACUUUAAUUCUUAUAUGCAUAAAGUAUGGACAAAUGAAUUUAAGGUCGGUAACGAGUUGGUAAAAUUCAAGCGAAGUUGCGUUUUAUAUAGAUUUGUAACAUGUAAUUUCUAAACAUCCAAACAAAUUUGUGCAGCAAACGCUUCUCGACAGAUAGCAAUUACAGGUUAUGUGCCUUUUAUACAACGCAACUCUUGAAUGCCCUACCCCUUUUCCAGUCAUAGUAUACAUAUAACUAUAUACAUAUAUAUCGACCACUGCAUACGCACUAAUUUAACAUUAACUUAAAAAUGUUCUAAUUAGAUUGGAUCUUCAAAUGAAUCAUCAAAGCUGGAUUAAUUGGAAUAUAUUUGGAUUUCUUGGGAAAACCUUGUAGAUUGGUGCGGCCAGGAAAAGGGUUACCAUUACGAGUAACAUACACUCGUCUUUUUGGUAAAUGUAACAAAAUAUACCUACUAUUAUAGAGAAAUAUCAUGUGCAUGUGCAUAGUAAUUUGUUUUCAUGUUCGCCUAAAUUAUAUUACUUAUGUAUAUAAUUUUAGUCAUUAUUAUUUAUACACACUGUGUACGAACGAGGUAGCACGAAGAUCGCCGGCACAGAACAUAAAGUAGGACUGAGAGGCUGCAUACAACCUAACAUGCUGAAAUCACCACCAGCCAAAAAUAGACCUUAUCUCAAUGCAGUAAGGUGUACCAAGGGUCAUUAAUUACAACAUAAAAAACGGUUCAUCACAGUAAAGCGAAUUGCUUGAAAAUAGGGAAUAUUCCGCGAAACUGCGUAGGGGGCGCCACUACCACAAUCUGAGGGUCUAUCGCGAAACAAGAAAAUCGAAAUUUCGUUACCUAACAUCUCUGUCACUCGCAUAUUCGUGCGAUAAAGAGGCAGAUGUCGAAAUUUCGGAUUCGCGUUUCCCGGUAGGUCCUCUGUAAACAAACCGCCUUGAUGCAUCAAUAUCAUAUUUUAUUAUCUCUGAAAACUUGUCAAAAACCUGUUAAAGCUACAGUAUGUAUAAUUUACUCUAUGGUUUACUAAAAAGGCUAGUCCUGCACUCUGGUGGCAGAACAUUGCAGUAGUAUCCCCUAUUGGCAGAGUCCGUCACGUCAUUGCAAAAAUGUGCACUUUCUUUUGCCGCAAAAGUCCAUACCUUACUAUUUGAUAUCUAUCAACUGUGAAAUAUGAGAAAUAUCGAAUGGGACUCAUGGCCGCCAGAAUACAUCAUUAAUGCAUAUAGCCAAUAGUGGUGUAAUCGAUACAACUAGCUUAGAUUCUGAUCUACUUGGUUUUAUAAAUAUUUAUUAUUUAGUGCUUUACUUUACCUAGCGAUACUUAGUUUCAAACUGCAUUUGGAACAUUUGGAACUUCGUAACAAAUUUUUUGGUGCAGUCUGUACCUAUUAUAUGUUCUGUGUCCAUAGCUGCCUAUGCCUACAUAUCUAUCUGUGUGGUAUGUUAUUAAGUUAUUCCAAAAAGUGAAGAAUUUUGGAAAGUACUGUAUUUUGUCAACCGAUUAUCACAGCGUUUAUGUACUGUACUACCCCGAGUCAGGGUCCUUAUUUUAUAAGCUUCAACUUAUCAUACUGAACACACAAAGAUAGAGGAUAAAAACGCGGAUUUUAUUUGCGAUAGACCCUGUAGGCUUAGCACGAGUGCACCGCGUCAGUAACUCGCGCGCUCCUAUUCUAAUCAAUACAGUUAGAAAAAGACUGGUGGUCUAACUUUCACGCGAAAUACUGUCGCGGCGCACUCAUGCCUAGCUUACUGUAGCUAAAAUAGGGUAGGGCCCAGGCGCUACUCAGAUCUAAUCUGACUGAAGGUGGUUUUGUAUACCAAAAAGUUUUGUAUGCUAAAAUAAUCCAUUCUCAUGAUUUUUUUGUCAUAAGUUCUGUUUUUUAUAUACCUAAGGUUAUAAUUGUAAUGACUUGUGUGUUGGAUCACUUGGAUCCUUUUCUACAUCAAACUAAUGCAAACGAAUGUGGUAGUGCUCAAACACUAGGCAGCUAUACCGACCGGUAAAACAAAUAUACAGGAAAUGAACUACAAAUGAUUUAAAUAAAUGCUUUUAUGAAUAGAU